GACCGGGCAGCGGCGGGGAGGCUGCCGCAGCCCGCUGGUACCAGACCACCUUCCCCGGUUUUUGAUGCUGAAUCAGGAUCGUUUUAACUAAAGAUGGAAACACUGGAGUCAGAAUUGACCUGCCCAAUCUGCCUGGAGUUAUUCGAAGACCCUCUCUUGCUACCGUGCGCCCACAGCCUCUGCUUCAGCUGCGCCCACCGCAUCCUGGUGUCCAGCUGCUCCUCCAGCGAGUCCAUCGAGCCCAUCACCGCCUUCCAGUGCCCCACGUGCCGCUAUGUCAUCUCCCUCAACCACCGGGGCCUGGAGGGCCUCAAGAGGAAUGUGACCCUGCAAAACAUCAUCGACCGCUUCCAGAAGGCAUCCCUGAGCGGCCCCAACUCCCCCAGCGAGAGCCGCCGCGAGAGGACGUACCGCAACAGCCCUACCAUGUCCGUGGCCGGCGAGAGGAUCGCCUGCCAGUUCUGCGAGCAGGAUCCCCCGCGGGACGCGGUGAAGACGUGCAUCACCUGCGAGGUGUCCUACUGCGACCGCUGCCUGCGGGCCACCCACCCCAACAAGAAGCCCUUCACCAGCCACCGUCUGGUGGAGCCCGUGCCCGACGCGCACUUCCGAGGACUCACGUGCUUGGAGCACGAGAACGAGAAGGUGAACAUGUACUGUGUUGCUGAUGACCAGCUCAUCUGUGCCUUAUGUAAACUGGUGGGCCGCCACCGGGACCACCAAGUGGCAUCCCUCAGCGAUCGCUUUGAAAAGCUGAAGCAAACCCUGGAGACGAAUCUCACCAACCUGGUUAAACGCAACAGCGAACUGGAAAACCAGAUGGCCAAGCUGAUACAGAUCUGCCAGCAAGUGGAGGUGAACACAGCCAUGCACGAGGCCAAGCUGAUGGAGGAGUGCGAUGAGCUCAUGGAGAUCAUCCGCCAGCGCAAGCAGGUCAUCGCUGUCAAGAUCAAGGAGACAAAGGUGAUGAAGCUGCGGAAGCUGGCCCAGCAGGUUGCUAACUGCCGGCAGUGUCUCGAGCGCUCAACGGUCCUCAUCAACCAGGCAGAGCACAUCCUGAAGGAGAACGACCACGCGCGGUUCCUGCAGACAGCCAGGAACGUGGCUGAGAGGGUCGCCAUGGCAACUGCAUCCUCUCAAGUUCUGAUACCAGAUAUCAAUUUUAAUGAUGCCUUUGAAAACUUUGCUUUAGAUUUUUCCAGAGAGAAGAAGCUGCUGGAGGGGCUGGAUUACCUAACUGCGCCAAACCCGCCGUCCGUCCGAGAGGAGCUUUGCACAGCCUCCCACGACACGAUCACCGUCCACUGGAUCUCAGAGGACGAGUUCAGCGUCAGCUCCUAUGAGCUGCAGUACACCAUCUUCACCGGCCAAGCCAACUUCAUCAGUCUCUACAACUCCAUGGACAGCUGGAUGAUCGUCCCCAACAUCAAGCAGAACCACUACACCGUCCACGGGCUCCAGAGCGGCACCCGCUACAUCUUCCUCGUCAAGGCCAUAAACCAGGCGGGCAGCCGAAACAGCGAACCCGCCAGGCUCAAGACAAACAGUCAGCCUUUUAAGCUGGAUCCCAAGAUGGCUCACAAGAAGUUGAAGAUCUCCAAUGACGGGCUGCAGAUGGAGAAGGACGAGAGCUCCUUGAAGAAGAGCCACACGCCCGAGAGGUUCAGUGGGACAGGAUGCUAUGGCGCGGCAGGCAACGUCUUCAUUGACAGCGGCUGCCACUACUGGGAGGUGGUGGUGGGAUCCUCGACCUGGUACGCCAUCGGCGUGGCUUACAAGUCGGCCCCCAAGAACGAGUGGAUCGGGAAGAACUCCUCGUCCUGGGUCUUCUCCCGCUGCAACAACAACUUCGUGGUGAGGCACAACAACAAGGAGAUGCUGGUGGAGGUCCACCCACAGAUGAAGCGCCUCGGCGUCCUCCUGGAUUACGACAACAACGCGCUCUCCUUCUACGACCCGGCCAACUCCCUCCACCUCCACACGUUCGAAGUCUCCUUCAUCCUGCCGGUGUGUCCGACCUUCACCAUCUGGAACAAAUCCUUGAUGAUCCUCUCGGGUCUGCCCGCCCCGGACUUCAUAGAUUACCCAGAGCAGCAGGAGUGUAACUGCCGGCCCCAGGAGUCCCCGUACGUAUCAGGGAUGAAAGCCUGUCACUAGGCUGCCCUAGCCCUGCCUGUGCCCCGCGGUGGCACCAGCGAUGCUGGCGGGUGCCGGCGGUCAGGGUCGGCCGCCGGGAGCCUGCUGGCAGCCGUGCCGGAGAGCCGCCGUGCAGCCGUAACGCUCCAGCAAGCGAGCGCCUUCCCACACACAGCUCCAUUAUUUUUUUUAAGGGGAAAGAGGAAGAACCUCUAACCGCGGCUGAAAAUAAACUCCUGUUGGCGAGCUCCGCUUGUGUGCGAGUGCGGCUUGUGCAACUCCUUGGUGGCGUGCUCCGAUCUCUCCCGAAGCGGAUUGUCACCUGGAUGGUUUUGUCUUCCCUUGGG